CUGGGUUUAUCGUUCGUUGGGAUUUCUUCUUCCUACUCAGACCCUCCUCCACAAAAUCUUCUCUUCGGCGUCCGAUAGCUCCUGCCAGUGCCGGCGUUCUAGAAUCGUUGUCUUCUCCUUCCUCAAGCUGGGGGAAAAGCAGAAGGUUGAAAGAAUGGAAAAGGGCAUAGGAGGAUUCAUGGAGAUUACCAGAGAGAUCAAAUAAAAGGUAGCAGGGGAAAGCCCUUGCACUGCACUUUAUCUUCUCAAACACAUAUUAUCCCUUGGAAGGGUGUAUAAAGAUGCCAAUAGUUUCUUCUAUGAGUUCUAUCUCAUUUCCUUCUCUUUUCCCCCUUCCACCUUCCCAUCGAUCUCGAACUUGUCUUCAAUUCCAACCUCAUGCAUUUUGCUAUCAUCAUCACUGUGAUCGAGAUCAUCACAAAUGUUUUCCUUCACUCUCAUCUCCAUUCUUUCCACUCCGUUUGUCCUACACUUGUCAAUCAUCACAUGGUACCGCAGUUCCUUCAAAUGAAGAAGCUACCUCUGUUAUAGACUUUGAGGAAAUAACGGAGAAAGAUUGGUCAUUUUUAGAAUCUGAUGGCACGCAUUCCCAGGAAGAGUGUAACCAAAAGAUUGAUCGGAUCAUCUCUGCCGGAGAGAUUGGAGAGGCUUCUAGGGUUUUGGUUUCGAUUGGUUCCGAAGGGUUUGUUGAUCGGAUGGUUGAUUCCUCGCCUUUUGAUUUUUUGGUUGUCAUCCAUGACUCACUUCUUGUAUUAGCCCUCAUUAAAGAAAAAUAUGACAAGAUUAAGUGUUGGCAAGGAGAACUAAUAUAUGUACCAGAAAAUUGGACGCCGUUUGAUGUUGUGUUUCUCUAUUUCCUGCCUGCACUGCCCUUCAAGCUUGGUGAGGUUUUUGAAGCACUCUCCAAAUAUUGUUUGCCAGAUGCAAGAGUGAUAAUUAGCCAUCCCCAAGGAAGAGAAGUGUUAAAGCAGCAGCGACAGCAAUAUCCUGAUGUUAUCAUCUCCGAUUUGCCUGAGAAAACCACUUUGCAGAAGGUUGCGGCUGAUUUUUCUUUCAAGCUUACUGAAUUUGUCGAUGAGUCUGAGUUUUACCUUGCUGUUUUGAAGUAUUGCAAGGCAAAACAAAACCCAGAGGAAUAACCUUUUGCUUCUCUCUAAGCUUCCUUGUCUAAUAUGAAUUCAAUUAACAUUUUAUUUGUGCAGUAUGGCAAUCUUUGUGGGUCAUUCUAGGCCUGUUUGUGUUGGUGGAAAACAUUUUAUCUGAAAAUUGAUUUCCCAAUUUCCGUUGA